GGGUUGCGAUUGUUUGCUUGCAUUUGUUGCCAUGUAUCGGAAGCUCUGUGCCCGCAAGCCAGAUUUACAGCAGGCAGAGGAUAUUUUUCACACGUUCCGCGGCAACCUCGACGUGGUUGAUUUGGCGGACAUUGAUGCUGGCCUGAACGAUUUUCCGGGAGCAAAAUGGUUGGAAGGUAAAAUCCGGAACAGGCAGCCGAUUGGCUGGGACUUGGAAUGGCCCCCAGAUCGCUCCAAAGAAGCCAACAAUCCGAUUGCCCUGAUGCAAUUUGCGGAUCACGAGUAUGCUCUGCUUAUUCGCACACAUCGAAGUGAACGUUGGCUACCAAGUGUGGUGAGACAGGCUCUUCUUUCUGACACGUGCACCAAAAUCUGUGUGGGCUGGGACGGUGCUGACAAGAAGAAGAUGAAAAUAUCUUUUGAGCUGGAGCCGCUGGGCCUUUUGGACUUGUCGGUUGUGGCAUCCCAGAAGGGUUUGAGAGAACGCGGGCUCAAGGCGCUCGCAGAGCAUUUUGGGUUUCGCAUCCGAAAGGAGACGCGGGUGGCCAGGUCUAAUUGGGCAGUACGAGAACUGACUACUGAGCAGGAAAUGUAUGCAGCAGAAGAUGCUUAUUUUACAUACCUUCUGAAGGAAAAGCUGGAGAGCCUUCCAGACAUUGAAGAAGAGUCUGUCAACUUGGCUGUGGAGGGACAGCUGGCACUGAGGGAGGGCUGGGCAGAAGCAGGUAUUGUCAGGCGGCACGAUGGCUUGCACUGCGAAUUAUGCCAUCAGGGUCCGAUGAACACUCAAGAAAAUGUGGAGUCGCAUCUGAGAGGCAGCAAUCAUGCAAAAAAGACAAAGGCCAAGCAGGGUCCAGUUGUAGAUGCUCUCACAGAGGAGCAGGAGUCAAAUGGAAUCUUUGCUGGAGAUGGGACUAAUGGUGUGGAUCUGGGCCAGUACAAAUGUCGCUUGUGCGACACUCUUCUCACUUGCACUCAGAACAUAGAUUCACACAUCAAGUCGAAGAAGCACCAGAAGGUCCUCUCGCCUCCAGCUGAGGAAGUUCCUAAGGAUCCCUUCGCUCAGCUUUGGAACGUGCCAGACUAUGUGGAGUUCAACAACCAAGAGUUAAGCUGUACUUUGUGCUCGACAAAAGCUGCAAGCGUUCGCCAGAUGCAUCAGCAUUUGCAUGGUACUCAGCACCACAAGAAAGCUCGCUCCUUGAAGAAAGAAGAUGUCAUUUAUGUCAAGGAGAAAGAUAGGCUGGAGUUCACAGAGAGUGGAAAGCCCGUUGUCCGCACAGGCUUCAAAAUGCCAGCAAAGGAUGAAGCCCGCGCCACUCGUAAAGCCUCAACCAAGCCCCACAUCGGCAGUGACGAAGAAGAACUGCCAGAUGGGUGGGCAUGCUCCAUCGAUGAGAAAACUAACCGCCCAUACUACUGGAUGGUUGCCGACCGCACAAAAGUUCAGUGGGAGCCACCUGGAAGGAACAGCCUGUCGCGUGCUUCCACUGCAGCGAGCAGUACAUCUAAACAUCCGGAUCCAUUGAGCGAGAAGCAGUCGUCACGACCAGCACCAACAUCUUCGAUUGCCCGCAACAGCUUGCCGGAUUUGUGGGAAGAGCACGAAACUGAUGAUGGCCGCAAAUACUAUUACUGUCUCAAAACGCAAAAGUCGCAAUGGCAUCAUCCCUGUCAAGGGCAGACCAUGCCAAAGCCCGGGAGCGUGGCAACUUCAACAGCUGAUAUGUGCCACAGCAGCCACAUGCCGGAAGCGGUGCCUCAGCAGACCUGCCCGAAGGAAGAAGUGGCACGUUUCAGACCGGAGCAUUCUGAAGCCACUACCGGCUUGCAUUCACAGUUUGCCGCAUCUCAAAGAUCCGAGCAGUUGCCACCUGGUUGGCAAAGGGUGGUGGAUGACAAGACUGGUCGAACCUACUUCUGGGAUGCCGAAUGCCAGGCAGCCAGUUGGACUCCACCGGAGCAUGCUGAAGAUAGAGUUUGGACACGUGAGGAAAAUGGAGAAGGAGCAUGUUGGGUAUGUCCAGGAACUGCGGAUAGACCAAGCAUAAGCUUCUGGGAAUCUGAUGCCAGCUGGCACCGGCGUCAGGACUGCGAGGGACGGAUAUAUUGGAGCCAUCCCGUUUUUCGACUCCGUUUCUUUGAGCCUGUGCCGUGACC